AUGGCUCGGCCACGCACGCCCCACCGUCGCCGAACGGUCAGCGAGUCAGAGCAGCGCGAGUUCGUCGACGUCCAGCAGGAGCACCAGCAGCAGCAGCACGACGAGCAACGGCACUUCGACCUCAGCUCCUCCACGCAGGGACUCGAUGGCCCCAUUCGCCGAUUCCAAAUCCUCAAAAGCACGCCCGUGGGACUGGUUUGUCCGCAGAACAUCCGCUUCAGCGUAGUGGAUGCGGACGCCGGGAUUGCCCAGACGGGGCAUAUCUUUGAUCUAUCAACUCCCGCGACCGAGCCGAUCUAUGUGACGAACGACCUGAAAUGGUGGAAGCAGAGGUAUUUCCUGCCACCUUCGUUCGAGGUCUUUCCGGGUAACGCCCACAAGCAUGGGAGUCGGAGCCAGAGGACCGCUAGCCGGCGAGUCGCCCAAGAGGGGAGCGAGAUCAGCGGGUUACCACCGUCACCACCGCACGACAGCUUGACAUUUCCCGACUCCCGGUCCCGCGCCCACAGCACGACGGGGCAGACGGAGAAAGCGUAUCCAGUUGCCGAGAUCAAAUACCGGGGCUGGCAAGGUCUCACGGGCAUGUCUGUCGCGCUGACGGUUUACAACAUCACGCCCGAGAUGCACUACCACAACCAUUACUCACACGCCCUGGCCGACGACCCCGAUUCAACGCCGGACAUCCGCUCCCGGUACCUGAUCAGCCGCACGGGCUGGAAACGCGAGUACAUCCUCACCCCGGGUGGCUAUAAGUGGCGGUCUCCCUCGCCAGUCGAGAAGAAGGACAUUCUCGCGGCUCCGGCCGUCGACGACGCAACGCCGGUCGGGCACGGCAAUCUGAUCCUCGAGGAUGCCGACCAGACGCCCGUGGCCGUGUACAAGCAGCGACGGGACCACGAAGUCCUCGGCACACUGACGGUCUUGCUCCAGCACGUGAAUGAGACCGGGUCCGACGGGAGGAAUGGGCACGGACAGGGCCACGGGCACGGUCAUGGACACGGAAAAGGAAACGACGGCAAAAUCACCACCGAGGCGGUCCUGGCGAGUUGUCUAGCCGUCGUGACGUACGAACGGAUUGGAUGGCAGAAUUUGCUGGGCCGUUGA